AGGAAGUUGAUGAAAACCUAUAUACUGAACAGGUUUAUUCAAACAAGGAUCUUUAUAUAGAUUCCAAAGUUCCAGUUGACAAUACUGAGAGCCUUAAUAAUCAAGAGGUUAAUAAUAUUGAGAAUCUUGAUGAGAGUUUUGAUUCAGAGAAAGAUGAAUUAGAUCAUUUUAAACUUCCAGAGGAUGAAUAUAAUUUCUUAAAUUUUUCUGACUGA